AUGACGCAAGAUUGGAAUAGAUUUUUAAGUGUUGAGGCAAAAAAUCGGCAUCCUUCUGUUAUGAAAACAGUCGGUGGGCCAGAUAUCAUAUCUUUUGGAUGCGGAAUGCCACAUUCUGACUGUUUUCCAUUGAAAGGAUUGUCCAUUAAGUACACAACUCCUGACUCAAACUUUAAGAAAACAGCUAUUGGCUCCAAUGAAGAUGAUGCCAAUUCAAAGGAAGGUGCCUCAGAAAUUUAUCAAAUGUGUCAGUAUAUGUCUGCUAGUGGAACAACUUAUUUUAAAAAAUGGACACAUGGGCAUAUAGAAGAAUUUCACAAGCCUGCGUUCCGUGACUGGGAUUGCCUUAUUCAGUCAGGUGCAACCUUAUCUUUUGAUCAGAUUCUCAGAAUGAUUUGUGAUCCAGAGAUUGAUACCAUUUUGGCGGAAGAAUUGACAUAUCCUUGUUUCUUGGAAUCCUGUAAGCCAUUAAGAUUAAAAGUCUUUGGUGUAAAAAUGGAUGCAGAUGGUGUCGAUGUCAAUGAUCUUGAUAUGAUUCUUACGAAUUGGUAUGAGGACGAGCGUACCAAAAAAUAUAGAAAGCCGAAAUUUUAUUACUGCAUGCCUUUUGGACAAAAUCCCUCUGGCAUUACUAUGACUAUACAAAGAAAGAAAGAUUUGUUACAAAUUUGCCAAAAGCAUGAUAUUCUUGUUGUAGAAGAUGAUCCAUAUUUCCAUUUACAAUUGGAUCCUUCGGCUAAAAAUGUUCCUUCUCUUUUAAAGUUCGACAAUGAUGGGCGUGUAUUAAGAAUUGAUUCCUUCAGCAAGAUGAUGAUGCCAGGAAUGAGAAUCAGUGUUGUUACCGCAAAUAAAUUUUUUGUUAAAAAGCUAACUAUGAUGAAUGAGUUGAGCAUUCAUUCGGCAGCCGCUCCGUCUCAACUAAUUGUUUAUAUGUUGAUGCAAGAGUGGAGGCAGCGAGGUUUUCAUCAGUGGAUUGAAUAUAUUCAAGCAAAUUAUCGUCGUAGAAGAGAUAUCAUUUUAGAUGCUUUCGAUAAGUAUCUUCCAAAAUCAUUAUGUUCCUGGAAUAAGCCAUCUAGUGGUAUGUUUUUAUGGAUUAAACUUCAAUUAGAUAAGUUUCCAAAACUUGACAGAAGUGAAGAUGAUUCUGAAUGGGCACUAGAAUUAGAAGAUUUGGUCUAUGAUCAAGCACUUAAAGAGAAAAUAUAUCUAACAAAAGGGCAUUGGUUUAUGAUAGAUGAUAUGGUGAUGGCUGGGUUCAGGGCAACAUACGCUUCCGGUGAAUAUGAAGAUCUUUAUGAAGGAUCCAGAAGACUUGGAAUAGCAAUAAGGCAUGUACACGAAAAUCUUUACGAGAAAUAG